UACUGUACUAAUGACAAAGACAUGGCGAUAGCUAAAUACUGUACUACAGAUAAAGACACGGCGAUAGCUAAAUACUGUUCUAAUGACAAAGACAUGGCGAUAGCUAAAUACUGUACUAAUGACAAAGACAUGGCGAAAGCUAAAUACUGUACUACAGAUAAAGACAUGGCGAUAGCUAAAUACUGUACUAAUGACAAAGACAUGGCGAUAGCUAAAUACUGUACUAAUGACAAAGACAUGGCGAUAGCUAAAUACUGUACUACAGAUAAAGACAUGGCAAUAGCUAAAUACUGUACUAAUGACAAAGACAUGGCGAUAGCUAAAUACUGUACUAAUGACAAAGACACGGCGAUAGCUAAAUACUGUACUAAUGACAAAGACAUGGCGAUAGCUAAAUACUGUACUAAUGACAAAGACAUGGCGAUAGCUAAAUACUGUACUAAUGACAAAGACAUGGCGAUAGCUAAAUACUGUACUACAGAUAAAGACAUGGCAAUAGCUAAAUACUGUACUAAUGACAAAGACAUGGCGAUAGCUAAAUACUGUACUAAUGACAAAGACAUGGCGAUAGCUAAAUACUGUACUACAGAUAAAGACAUGGCAAUAGCUAAAUACUGUACUAAUGACAAAGACAUGGCGAUAGCUAAAUACUGUACUAAUGACAAAGACAUGGCGAUAGCUAAAUACUGUACUACAGAUAAAGACAUGGCAAUAGCUAAAUACUGUACUAAUGACAAAGCUGCUUGCUAUAUCAAAAGCUAAACUGUUUACCAUCAAAGGGGUCACAGAUGAGUGCAGGGCUGAUGUUGGGGCAGCUUCCGCACUCACGACAGCGUGAGGGGUUGACACUGAAGUCCCUGUAGUAGCCAUUGGCACAGCGGUGACACAGAUUGCCAGCAUACCCCUGUCGACAGGUCAGACAGUGCAGGCUGACCCUACACUUCACAGGCUGGACAAGCAAACAGGAGUUACAUUGUGAUCCUCAAUAACACUUUUAUGCCUGGGCAUAAUGCUCACUAUUCCCAUGUGUGUCAUUGUACAAUAUGUAAGAGGUGUUUACCAAAGUGACAGGAUCCGGUGGAAGACUGUUCCGAGCAGGGACAGCGGUGGCAGGGCAUGCUUGGUGCCAGCCGGUAGUACUUGUGGGCACAGAGCUCACAGAACAGGCCUGCGUUGGUGGGAUUGCACGUGCAGAACCCUCCUUGGGUACGGUUGGUAUUGCAGGCCACCCGGCCAUUUACUGUGCCAUAUGGGUCACAGAAACACUUGCCUAAAAACAUAGGCGAUAUCAUACACUAUAUGAUUCAACAAAUAAUAACAGUACAUCAACAAGAACCUUAAUCAAUUAGUAAAACUUUAGCUUAUAUAAUCGUAUGCCAAAAUUGUCACAAACCAAUUACCUGUUU